AUGGAUCUUUAUGGCAAGCAAUAUGCUUACUCAAAGAUGGAAAUGGAGGAUCCAGAAGAGAUUAAGAGCAGAAAAGCACAAUUCUUGAUCUAUAAAUCAUUGGAGAAAGCUGAUGAUUCGAUCCGAAAAAGCAGAAGACCAUCAUGGUUGAAAGUUCGAAUGUUCAGAUUGAAGAUCAAGUUUGGAAAGAAGAUGAAGAAGUUGAAGAAAAGCAUAUUGGUAGUAAGCAGAUUUGGAGCAGCAAGAGUUGGCAUUCUUCAACAAUGGAAACGCAUGUUUACUGUUCGACAAGCAGUGCUCAAGAUACCCACCAUGAUUCAAUAA